UUGUUGACAACGUCAUUGAAAUUUUUAACGCGGCAGACUUCUUUCUAUUGGAAAAGCUUCGAAAGCUCGCUUUUGAAUCCCUAAAACGAUUAUGCAACGAAGAUGGAAACGAAAGCAAAUCUCCCGAGUUACUAUCUAGGAUGGCUAAACUAACAGUGCCUUUGGAUGAUGGUACAAUUGCCGAUUGCAUUAUUAACUCUAUGACCAAAAUUUCGUUUGAUACCCUCGGAUUUGGUAGAUUAUCGCUUGAAGGGUUACACCACUUUCUGUCAAAAAGCUGUGAAAAAAGCAUGCAAUUUGUCUCCAGCGAAUAUUCUAUUUUAAGAUUCGCAAUCUUAACGGCCGCGUCAACUAUAUCACACGAAGCAUUCCUUGCUCUCGAGAAAAGAUUACCAACAUGGGAGAAGGUCAACGGAUACAGUAAUAACAUUUUAACAAACAAAAAAAUUAGUGAAUCCGUAACAAAUAUCUUAGGUUCACUUUUCGAGUAUAUUGACUUUAGAAGGAUUGAUGCAAAAAUACUUGAGAAAAUUAUCGAACCAUUGCAUAUUGUUCCUUCCUCAAAUAUUGUUGAUUCCUAUCGGCUCCAGGCCUGCGAAAAAACUUCUUUUUCGGCUUUUCGUGGACUUCUUAAUUUCAAAUGGGACAAAAAUAGUUGUAGUCCGACAUUAAACAUCAGCAAUGACGGAUAUACGGUUACCGCGUCCCAAAGGACCAAAGAAUAUCAAUGUGUCAGAACAAAUAUUCCGAUGAGUAGUGGCAUUCAUGAACUUUGUAUUUUGAUCGAAAGAACAUGCAACUACUCUUGGAUUGGAAUCUGUGGAGAUGCGUUUGAUCCUUCGAAAAAUGCAAAACACCAGCGAAACGCGUGGGUUCUAUGCACAUCAGGAGAACUUUAUCACAACAAUGAACAUACAAAGGUGACACAAAAUUUCGAUAGAGACAAUACUAAAAUAGUUGUACAAAUAGACAUUAAAAAAAGUACACUUACAUUCACCAUUAAUGAAAAAAGAUGCUCGACAAGUAUCAAGGAAUCACUCCCUUCAAAACUUUAUUUUUAUACAUCACUGCGAUAUCCGGGAAUAGUUAAAAUUUUACCACGAG